UCCAGCAGCAGAGGAAGCAAUGGCGGCGGCGGCGGCGGAGGUGAGCAACAAGCGGGUGACCCUGAAGCGCUACGUGACGGGGUUCCCCGCCGAGGACGACAUGGAGGUCGUCCCGGCGACGGCGCGCCUGGCCGUGCCGCCCGGGUCGGCGGCGGCGCUGGUCAAGAACCUCUACCUCUCCUGCGACCCCUACAUGCGCGGCCGCAUGACGAAGCACGACGAGGCCAGCUACGUCCCGGACUUCGUCCCGGGGGAGGUUUUGACUACCUUUGGGGUGAGCAAGGUGGUGGAAUCCGGGCACCCGGGUUACAAGCCAGGCGACCUGGUGUGGGGAAUGACAGGAUGCGAAGAAUACACCCUCAUCACUAAUCCGCAGUCGCUGUUCAAGAUCAGCCAUCCUGAAUUUCCACUCUCCUACUACACGGGUGUUCUUGGCAUGCCUGGCCUUACUGCAUAUGUUGGAUUUUUCGACGUGGCCAAGCCGAAAAAGGGGGAGUAUGUCUUCGUCUCGGCGGCAUCAGGCGCCGUAGGACAGCUUGUUGGGCAGCUCGCUAAGAUCACAGGCUGCUAUGUGGUUGGCAGUGCCGGCUCAGAUGAGAAGGUCAACCUCCUGAAAACAAAGUUUGGAUUCGACGAUGCCUUCAACUACAAGAAGGAACAGGAUCUCAAUGCUGCACUCAAGAGGUGCUUCCCGGAGGGCAUCGACAUCUACUUCGAGAACGUGGGUGGCGCGAUGCUUGACGCGGUGUUGCUCAACAUGAGGCUGCGCGGGCGGGUGUCGAUGUGCGGGCUGAUCUCGCAGUACAACCUGGAGGAGCCCGAGGGCGUGCGCAACCUCUUCUGCGUCGUGGCCAAGCGCAUCCGCAUGGAGGGGUUCAUCGUGAUGGACUACUUCAGCACCUACGGCAAGUUCGAGGAGGAGAUGGCGGGUUACCUCAAGGAAGGGAAGAUCACCUACGUGGAGGACGUCGUCGAGGGCAUCGAGAACACGCCGGCGGCGCUCAUCGGGCUCUUCCAUGGGCGCAACGUCGGAAAGCAGCUGGUGGCUGUCGCACGGGAGUGAGUGACAUCACGUGUCAGCAAUGUACUACUACGUUUCCUUGUUGGUCCAUCGGGGUCCUGUUCAGACUUUUCUUUUUGAGAAGAGUUCAGUUCAGACUUCAGAGUGCCUUGCGCGGUUGUGCCAAUGUUCAGGUUUUUUGUUUCUUCUUUUUCAGAUGUGUUGGUGAACACGGAAUCUGAAUGCCUAGUACGAGUACUAUGCAAUAAUGUAAGCCGUUGUAUUCGGAUUCGCAUA